ACAGUGUUAGGCAGACAUGGAGAGAGCAGACUUAUUACAGAGACUGACUGACUCUUGGAAAAUAUAAUUACACAAAAUAGUAGGACGGAAGAAAACAGACCCUCAUUUUGUCAAUUUUUUUUAUUUUUUAUUUUUUUACACACGUGGUAAACUGAGUCACUUCUGCAGACACACAGAUCAGCGAGCAUGGAGGAUUUCAGGCGAGGCAGAUGUGACAGUCUGGAUGCAGGGUCAAGGUGUGACAAGGAGGCGAUGAGCCCGAGUGACUAUAUCUCCCUCUACCACGAGGGCUGUGACCCUGCAGUCAUCCUCGAGCCUACACCAGCAGAGCUGGCUCAGUGCGAGGCUGAAGUGGGCACGCUGCUCAACAUCAUUGCUGAACUGAACAAGAAGAUGGGGUCACUAAAAGCUCCGAGUGAACCAGAUGACACGAGACCGCCGGCUCCAUCCAGGCCUCUGGUUCCAGAUCUUCUGUCUCACCGGCUCGUUAGAAGCAGCCCAGAAAGAAACAGCCCAACAUCUAAACCUCCACUGAAUGACCAAGGAGGCAGUGGUGUUGUCUGGAGCAAACUGCAGGAGGUUUUAUCUUCAGUGGAGGACUCCAUCAGCUUCAGAAGGACCUGGGCGGCCCCCAUCACAGCUUCUGACCAGGAAAAGCACAGAGAGCAUCUGAGAGCAGCUCAAGAGAACUGGGUUAAAGCCAGCCAGGUAUUGGAAGAGAUGGAAAGAGAGUUUGGGAUUUCGUGCCGGUCGAGCUUCCCAAGAGACCAGUACCAGGAAGACAUGCUGGAUGGGGACAAACAGGAGUCUGCUCUCAGAAGCCCCCCGCAGAGCAGCAUCAGCCAGGUGGAAGAGGAGAAGAACAAGCUGGUUGGUCUCCAUAAAGCCUGGAGGUCUGGCGGCCACAUUCCUUCCUACCGGCCCACUGCUGGGGCCCCAAGUCCAGACUGGGCCUCGCCCCCCUAUCCUGGUUCACCUUUACUCCACAGGAGAGCCAACAGAGCCGUGACGCCUCUGACUGUGGGUGGGGAUGGAUCUCCACUGGGAUCAGUUAACUCGGGCAGUCUCUGUCCCAGCCCCCUCAGCCUGGAGUCUGAGACAGAGCGGCUCAACAGAUGCAUCGAGAGGCUGAAGGCCAGAAACGAACGUCUCACUGCAGCUCUGGAGCGAAGGAAAGGAGAGUCGGAGCAGAUCAAUCUCAGGCUGAACAGGCUUGAGUCCGACUGCUCGGCCCUGCAGAUGGCUCUCAGAUACUGUGAGGAGUGUGAAGAGGCCUACGGCGAGCUGCUGUCGCUUUAUGACGCCAGGAAGCAGCAAAGCAGUCUUCAGCGGAGCGUCUCAGCAGAGCCGGUCGGUGACAGUCAGCACCCAGACAGUCCAUUAGCUCAGCUGAGGAAAAUGGGGACUGAAGAGCUGUCCACCUCCUUCUCAACAGCAGGGGUCACAGAGGAGACGGAAACACCGAGUCACACGGGGCAGAGGACGCCCGAGCCCGAGGAUCGGGAGGCGGCUCUCCGGCAGCAAAUUGAGCGCCUGAAGAGGGACCGGGCGGCCAUUUGCCUCCCUAAGCCAGGUCAAGGAGCAGAGGCCAAACUGAGCCCACCUGGACAAAGAGGGGGUCACAUGACUAAAGACAAACCUGCUGAUAACAAGAAGGAGAAGGCUUCCCUGUUUUAUGAACUGAUCUCAGUCAGGGAGGAGAUGUCAGAUCUGCGAGCUUUAAUCCGCCUCAAGGAGAAAGAGCUGAGGUGUCUGGAGUGGAGUUUAAUGGGCCAGAAGGCUCAGGGAGCAGCUGGAGUCUUCAUCCCAGAAAGUCUCCAAGAGGAGGUGGAGGAUCGCAGGACUGAACAACAGAGGCUCUGUGAGAACGCAGCGAAGCUCGGUUGUGAAGGGGACAUCGCUGGUUAUAGGACGAGACCCAUCCUGAAAGAGCUGCAGGCGGUCCUGCAGAGGGAGCAAGCCUUGAAGAAGCGUCUGGCUUUGGUCCAUGAGUCACUGAACGCAGCCGUCUCAGACAGUUCCUCCCACAGGAGGGACAAUGCGGAGCAGAUAGCUCGCCUCACACAGGCUCACAGCAAAGCCUUGAGUUCAUACCGUCAGAUACGGAGGAAGUAUCGGGAGCAGGUGUGGCGGCUGGAGCAGAAAUUGGCGGCCUCGAUGGAGAGUCGACACGGCCAGGGCGGAGCUGCGAAAGCUGCAGAGGAAGCCUUGGAGUGGAGGAGGGAAGAGACUGUUUUAUAAGC